AUGGCUCAACCGGGAGAACAAAGCCAGGAUUUCACUCUCCUCGAUGCGAGCAUUUCGGAUCUUCAAGCCGCACUCUCUUCAGGGUGGUUGACCAGCGUGGACUUGGUCGCACGCUACCUCCGACGGAUCAGUGUCUAUGAUGCCAAUGGAUUGAAGCUCAGCGCAAUCCCAAUACUCAAUCCCUGUGUCUUUGAUGAAGCAGCCGCUUCUGAUGCUUGGCGCGCUGCAGGUAGACCCCUUCGGCCGUUGGAAGGUAUCCCGUAUUUGGUCAAAGACAACAUUAAAGUCAAGGGUAUGACCGUUGCCAGUGGAUCACCCGCAUUCCAGUCGCUCAUGGCAAACGAAGAUGCGGCCUGCGUCAAGAUUCUCCGGAAUGCCGGCGCGGUGCUGCUUGGCCGGACGAACAUGCCUGCGAUGGCAUACGGUGGAAUGCAGCGAGGUAUCUAUGGACGCGCCGAGAGCCCAUACAACAACGCCUAUCUGGCCGCAGCAUAUGCCUCUGGCUCAUCGAAUGGAUCGGCUGUUGCGACUGCUGCGAAUCUGUGUGCAUUCUCCCUUGGUACGGAGACUGUGUCGUCUGGUCGCUCGCCUGCUUCAAACAAUGCCAUCGUCGCCUACACGCCCUCCAAGGGCCUGCUUCCUCUCCGUGGAGUCUGGCCUCUCUAUCCAACAUGCGAUGUUUUGGUGCCUCAUACCAAAACCAUGACAGACCUCUACCAGGUGUUGGAUGUUCUGGCUGUCUCAGAUCCAACUCCCUCGGGAGACUUCUACAAUGAACAAACGCUGAUUUCUCUCCCGUCGGUGGACACGAUCCGACCACAAUCCUUUUCAGAACUGCAAGACAGGUUGUCUCUGCGAGGGAAACGUAUCGGCGUGCCGUCAAUGUACAUCGGAGGUGAUGCGUCUUCUCUCUCGGCAGCCAGCCGAGUGCAUACCCGAUCCUCCAUAAUCAAGCUCUGGCAGGAGGCCCGGCGCGCUUUGGAGACUUGCGGGGCCGAAGUUGUUGAGACAGACUUUCCGCUUGUUACCACUUAUGAAUUGAAUGCCGAGACAGGCCAGCUUGUGACCAUUGCCGGCCUCCCAGAUGGCUGGACAGCCAUGGAGCGGUGCGAGCUGGUCGCACAUGCGUGGGAUGACUUCCUGAUCGCAAACGGCCAGGCGGGCCUCGAGUCUCUGACUUGUGUUGACCCUGCCACAAUCUUUCCACUCGCUCCCGGGUCCCUAAGUGGCACACCCGAAGCAGCAAACCAGCUACGGUGGGAUGAAAUGGUGCAGUAUCCCCGACGCAAAGCCACAUCCUUUUCGGGUAUUCCGGGCAUCAAGCAAGGGAUUCAGGCUUUGGAGGAUGCUCGCAGGGAGACCCUCGAGCAAUGGAUGGACCGGCUCGGACUGGAUGCUGUGGCCUUCCCAGCAAACGGAGAUGUAGGGGCUGCCAACGCGGAUGUGGACGAACAAGCUUCACGUUUUGCCUGGAGCAACGGAGUCAAGUACUCCAACGGAAAUAGGCCUAUCCGCCACCUUGGUGUCCCGACAGUCUCGGUACCCAUGGGUAUCAUGGAAGACACCAGAAUGCCAGUGAAUCUGACCUUUGCUGGGAAGGCCUAUGAUGACAACAGUCUUCUGCGAUAUGGGUUCGCAUUUGAAACAGCGACAAAGUACAGGAUGCCAUCCCCACUGGCUGCCGCCCUUGAUUCGGAUCACGUCCAAGUCAAGCACAACCCUUGUCCACGGCCGUCUCAGAACCCGCCAGAGCUAGUGGUAGAGACACAGGUCAAAAAGCUCCACGCCUCUGAGGUACUUGUCCAGGCUUGUGGGACUAUGAGCUUGGGAAAUGCAAAGCUGAAUAGUAUGUCAUGUUAUGUCAAUGGCCAACCAGUCGAUGUGGUGAUGGAGGAUGGGCGGUGGUUUCUCCUCACGACAUACCCUAUUUCCGAGCGAGACAACAAGUGGGAGGAGUGGAGUAGUCCUGCUCUAACACAAACGAUUGUAGUUGUGAUAGCUCACACUGACGUUGGAUCGGCGGGAAAGCUGAUUCUUUUGUGA